AUGAUGAUCUCCGAGAUCUCGGAGCUGGUGACGGAGAAUCAACAAAUCAACGACCUCACCAAGCACCUCCUCCACCAGAAGAUCAUCGAGGGAUGGCAGCUGCAAAAGGCGAUUGGAAAUGGCUCAAACGGCGUGGUGAUGCUAGUGGAACACACGAAGAACAACGUGAUCACCAUCUCCGAGUGCAACAUCAUAAAUCGCCUUACUGCGGAUGUCAACAACGAUGUUAAUCCGCACACUACACAACGCCCGCAUCAUCAACAACGGUGUCACGACGAAUCACGAUUCACAGGCCGACAUUCGAAUGUUGAUGAAAUCAGAGAUUUCCAUGGCGCAACACUGCUUGGCCAAUUGCCCAUCGUAGUUCUGCAAGAUUCUACAAGGUUCUACAAGAUACUUCGGAUC